GCAGAAGGGCAGUCUCCUUUUUUACAGCGCAGCUUAAGCCUCCACUGAUGCUAGGAAACCAACACAUCAUUCAUUCAUCCUUCUAACCUUCUUACACUUCAAUCCAUUCCGUAUAAAUUCGGUUGGAGAAGUACUGUAAGUGCUAACAACAUGGCGACAGGGACUGCUAUCACUCCUGGCCGUUUGGCCGCAUUCGCAUGGCAUGGAGUAGCGUUGGUGAUCUUAACGUAUGCACUUCGAAAGUUACCCGUUCAUGCAAACAUUUCCGGAUUUAAUAUCGAAUCACAAUUUGGAUCACACUAUCAAUUCUUGACAGUUUUAGGAUUAUGGUUCGGUAGAUUGACAACAUUAUUCGCUCUUUCCUGUGAUAUUUCUCCAACUUCUACCGGAAUGCAUCGAUUCAAAACAAUGUUAAUGGCAUUGACUAUGCCAGCAGAAGUUUUGAUUUCGUUAUUGUAUUGGCCAAUCUUACUCUUUGAUCCAUCUUUACUGAUCCCUCCACGCAAAGUUUUAAAUCCCGAUAAUCCAGCUCAAUUGAUCAUGGAAACUGUUCGAUUACCUUUAUUGGACGAUCUUUCAUUUCAUGCAGCACCUGCAAUCUUUUUGGUUUUGGAUUAUUUGAUUUUCGAACCACCAUUCCCAAAAGACAUUCAUCCUGCAGCCGUUAGUGCUUUGAGUACUGCAGCUUAUGGUGUUUGGGUAGAGAUUUGUGCAAGCAAAAACGGAAAUUAUCCUUAUCCAUUACUCGAAAUCUUAUCAAACGCUCAACGAUGGGGACUGUAUGCCGUUUGUGCAGUGCUUUUCAUGGGUAUCACCACAGGUGUCACACAGCUUCACAAAGCUAUCGACAAAGUAUACAAGAGAGAAUGGGAUCAAGUUGCAGGUCUAACUGGCAAAGGCUUCGUAGGUGCUGUUGAUGGCAAGAAGAACAAGUCAAAGUGAUGCAAGCAGAAAGGGUUUUCAUACUUAGCUUGCUAGAUUAUGCGUAUAAUUACAAG